GCUGCCGAUCAAGACCGACCCGCAGUCAUGUUCACAACAGAGCGCCUAGUCCUACGUGGAUUUGAAGACAACGACCUAGAUGAUCUUCUCGCGCUCCGUAACGAUGCUCGUGUUAUGCGAGGGGUAACUGCCGAACCUAUCGCUCCGCGACCAACGAAAUACAAAGAGUCCCUCAAAACCCUCGCAGAAAACUCGACCAUAUGGUUUACCAUCGUCCAUAGGGAAACGGGGCAAUUCAUGGGACAAUGCAGCAUCAAAGUGGCAGAGCCUGUGAAGAACCGGGAUGGAUUGUUCGGGAUAUCGAUGCUUCCAAAAUUUUGGGGAAAGGGCUAUGGCACGGAGGCGACGAGGUUUACUGUAGACCAGGCGUUUAGAGCGCUGGGAGUUCAACGCGUCUCGUUGAGUGUAUUGGAGGGAAAUGAAGCCGCCAUUGCAGUAUAUAAGAAAAUCGGAUUCAAGGAAGAGGGUAGGAAGUGACGAGCAAACUGGAUCGAUGGACAUUGAGAAGACAGUUUGAGCAUGGGUGUUUUGGACGAAGAAUGGUCUGAGAUGUAUUGGAAGAAUUGAAUCAACGACUCCCGUCAAACUAAUACCACACGAUCCAGACCCGGGCCCCUGCCAUGAAAAGUCGCUGACAGUAGAUC